AUGAAUGACAAUUCAGUGGGGGAAUUCACUUUCCUGUUCCAAGAUAAGGGCAUUGGUAUUCUCAAUGGCUCUCCUCUCUCGAUGGGCCUUCUGACAGAACAAGGACCACCUCCAUGGCAUCCGGCACCGGAUUUUAUCAAAGAAGCAACUUUAGCUGCUACUCACUACUGCAUGGUAUGUGAUGAUUGUAAGUCUUUGGACAUCGAAAGUUCUGUUCAGCGGUAA